CGGUAGAUAGACCGGAGGCUAUUUUAGUCAUUAACUCGGUACAUCCAACAGAUAAAUACGACUUCCUCUCGUAACCAUCUUUCACCAAUUGAUCAGAUCCUAAUCCGAUAUUCGAAAAACCUAAACUCUCUCUUUUCUUCUUCUUUCUAUCUACGAUUCAAGAUGCAAAUCUUCGUGAAAACAUUGACUGGUAAAACCAUCACCCUUGAGGUGGAAUCAUCAGAUACAAUUGAUAAUGUCAAGGCCAAGAUUCAAGACAAAGAGGGAAUCCCUCCUGAUCAGCAGAGGCUUAUCUUUGCUGGGAAACAACUCGAGGAUGGAAGAACCCUAGCUGAUUAUAACAUCCAGAAGGAAUCUACCCUUCAUUUGGUGCUUAGAUUGAGAGGUGGAAUGCAGAUAUUCGUAAAGACUUUGACUGGAAAAACCAUCACCUUAGAGGUUGAAUCCUCGGAUACCAUUGAUAAUGUCAAGGCCAAGAUACAGGACAAAGAGGGUAUCCCUCCUGAUCAGCAGAGGCUUAUCUUUGCAGGGAAACAACUAGAAGAUGGAAGGACCCUAGCUGAUUAUAACAUCCAGAAGGAAUCUACCCUUCAUUUGGUGCUUAGAUUGAGAGGUGGAAUGCAGAUAUUCGUAAAGACUUUGACCGGAAAAACCAUCACCUUAGAGGUUGAAUCCUCGGAUACCAUUGAUAAUGUCAAGGCCAAGAUACAGGACAAAGAGGGUAUCCCUCCUGAUCAGCAGAGGCUUAUCUUUGCAGGGAAACAACUAGAAGAUGGAAGGACCCUAGCUGAUUAUAACAUCCAGAAGGAAUCUACCCUUCAUUUGGUGCUUAGAUUGAGAGGCGGAAUGCAAAUUUUUGUUAAGACUUUAACUGGAAAAACUAUUACUUUGGAGGUUGAGAGUUCAGAUACUAUUGAUAAUGUGAAAGCUAAGAUUCAAGAUAAGGAGGGUAUCCCUCCUGAUCAACAGAGGCUUAUCUUUGCUGGUAAGCAGCUUGAAGAUGGAAGGACACUUGCCGAUUAUAACAUCCAGAAGGAGUCCACUCUCCAUUUGGUUUUGAGGCUUCGUGGGGGUAUGCAGAUUUUUGUUAAGACCCUUACUGGAAAGACCAUAACUUUGGAGGUUGAGAGUUCUGAUACAAUUGAUAAUGUGAAGGCAAAAAUUCAGGAUAAAGAGGGCAUUCCUCCUGACCAGCAGAGACUAAUUUUUGCUGGAAAGCAGUUGGAGGAUGGUCGUACUUUGGCCGAUUAUAAUAUCCAGAAGGAAUCUACUUUGCAUUUGGUUUUGAGGCUUCGUGGUGGCAUGCAAAUAUUUGUGAAGACACUUACUGGGAAGACUAUUACCUUGGAGGUGGAAAGCUCUGAUACUAUUGAUAAUGUGAAAGCAAAGAUACAAGAUAAGGAGGGUAUUCCCCCAGAUCAGCAGAGGCUUAUUUUUGCUGGCAAGCAGUUGGAGGAUGGUCGUACUCUGGCAGAUUACAAUAUUCAGAAAGAAUCUACCCUGCAUCUUGUUCUUCGUCUCCGUGGUGGCUUCUAAGUGUGUUCCAGUAUGUUUGGUCUGUGCGUCACUUGCACUCUUUGUCUAAUAAAUGGUGUGUUGGUCGUUGUUUUUAGUCCUUUUAGUUGAUAUUGUUAUGUUUGGUGUGUCAUGUAUGAUGCUAUUCAAAACAGUUCUGAAAUAUUAUGUUUUAUUUUCUGGUUAGUUUGAUCGCUACUUAUAUGAAUGUGCUUUGCUAUUUGUUUUAAAAA